AUGGAAACAAGUAACAGUAGAGAACAAGAGCCUUUCCAGACCCACUGUGCUGGACCAGUUUUUGGUUUGUGGCGUGCGCCAGUAUUUCCAGCUGCAGCCAGCCAAGGUGGCUCUGAAGUGUCGCAGGCUCAUGACGAGGAAGAACACUUUACAAAGGCUCCCAAAUCACUUGUGCACCCUCUUCAUAAAGCUCUUCUAUCAGCUCAGGAGAAGAUCAAGAAGCUGACCUAUGAGGAUGACUCCCUGAGGAGGGAGAAUGCCAGGCUGACAGAGAAGGAGCUGGGCACUCAUGAAGCUCUGGAAAAGUUGACUAGCCUUUACACCCAGGUCAAGACAUACAAGGAAGAAAUGGAGGCCUGGAGAAAUACAAUGGAGGAGGCCUUCCGAGAUGAGAAAAAAGCCUGGCAAGAGGAGAGAAGAAAACAGCUGGAAGAGAUGAAAAGUUUUAGGAUGAAGCUAUUGGUGGCUCAGUCACACAAUCACCAGAUGGAAGAAGAGGUGAGAGAAUCCAAGAGAGAAAUCCAGGAAGGACAGAUGCAAGCAGAGAGAGAACUCGCCUAUCUUAGAGAAAGUCUGUUCAUCCAGAGAGAGGAGAACGCUGCGAUUAAAGAUCACUGGAGAGAGGUGAUCAGGGAAAAGGAGGAUUCUGCCACCAAACUGAAAGAAUCAGAGGAAAAGUGGCAGAGGAGAGUGAGCCAGCUGGUAGACGGGAUACAGCAUAACAACUUUGUCUCCAGUUCAAUCGACAAAGUGAUUGGUCUCAUUGGGGAGCAGCAAAACACAUUGACCAUGUUGAACAAGAAACAGUCAGAGCUUUGCCAGAGCGAGAGGAAAUGGGAAAGAAGAUCUAACGCUUUGGAGGAGAGUUACAGGAAGGUGCUGGCUGAAAAGGAAGAGAGCUGGCAGACAAGAAUGCAAGAGAUGGAGAAAAAGAUCAAGCUGGAGAAGAUGUGGCUCCAAAAAGAAGAAGAGUGGAGGCAGAAGACCAGCGCCCUGGAGGAGGAGAUCAAACGGCUGAUUAAAGAGAACACCCAACUUCAGGGGCUUACAGGUAAAAAGAAGAAACGAAAGCCAUGGUGGAAGAGACACUUCAAGUUAAGAAGAAGGACACAUUGGCGCACACGGGGUAUGCCAGAUCAGACACCUUUACUACCUCAGUCCCAGGAGAAGUAAAAUAGCUCUCCUCUCUCAACCCAACCGGUCAAGGAAGAUGGGCACCCAAAUGGAAAAAGAAGUAUUCACAGCUUGGCAAGCAAAAAUUAAAAUUAUAAACAAUCAUGGCAUCAUAUAUAUACAUCUCCCACUGAAACCAUCUCCUCUCUCCCCCCAUUCUCUUCUCUCUCAUGUCUCAUCUCUCCCCUCUUUCUCUCCCCUCUACCCGUCUACC